AUGUGUAUCUUGUCUGUUUCACAUUUUUAUGGUCAGAUUCAUAUUCCAAGUACUUUGACUGACCUUUAUCUUCGUGUGCCACAUCAAGGGCCCUUCUACCGAUUGAAACUCCCCUUUGGUAUAGAGAGCGUUAACUUGUCGUUUCUGGCCAAAAGGUAUCCUGGAACCAUUUCCAUUUCCAAGUACACCAACAAGAAGGAUGUUCAAUGGCCACCGCAUCUCCGUUUGCUAGAGACCAACUCAAAUGAUUUAGUUGAUAGGGCUCUGUUGAAGCUUCCUCCGUCAGUAAGGUUUCUUCGGGGUACUAAUAUUCGGGAUUGA